UUCUGGUUUCUGGUUCCGGUUGCGGAGACUGCUGUUCUGGUUGCUGGGGGUGUACAUUGCCAUUCCGUUUCUGGUAAAGCUCUGCCCUGCUAUUCAGGCAAAGCUGGUCUUCCUAAACUUUGUGAGGGUCCCAUAUUUCAUUGACUUGAAAAGGCCACAGGAUCAAGGUUUAAACCACACCUGUAACUAUUACCUGCAGCCAGAGGAGGAUGUAACUGUCGGAGUCUGGCACACAGUCCCUGCAGCCUUAUGGAAGAAUGCCCAUGGGAAGGACCAAGUGUGGUUUGAAGAUGCGUUGGGUUCCAGCCACCCAGUAAUCCUUUACUUGCAUGGCAAUGCAGGAACAAGAGGAGGGGAUCACCGUGUGGAGCUUUACAAGGUUCUCAGCUCCCUGGGCUACCAUGUAGUCACGUUUGAUUAUCGAGGCUGGGGCGACUCCAUAGGCAGCCCAUCCGAGAGGGGAAUGACCUACGAUGCCCUGCACGUCUUUGACUGGAUAAAAGCAAGAAGUGGCGACAACCCUGUCUACAUAUGGGGGCACUCCUUGGGCACGGGGGUUGCAACAAACCUGGUGAGGCGCCUCUGCGAGAGAGAAACGCCGCCGGAUGCCCUCAUCCUGGAAUCCCCCUUCACCAACAUACGUGAGGAGGCCCGGAGUCACCCCUUCUCUGUGAUAUACAGAUACUUCCCUGGGUUUGACUGGUUCUUCCUUGACCCUAUCACGACGAGUGGAAUUAAAUUUGCAAAUGAUGAGAAUGUGAAAUACAUUUCCUGCUCCCUGCUCAUCCUUCAUGCUGAGGAUGACCCCGUGGUACCGUUUCAUCUGGGAAAAAAGCUGUACAACAUCGCCGCCACGUCGCGGAGUUUCCGAGACUACAAGGUGCAGUUCGUCCCGUUCCACACCGACCUCGGCUACCGGCACAAGUACAUCUACAGGAGCCCAGAGCUACCUCGAAUAUUGCGGGAAUUCCUGGGAAAAUCGGAACACGAGCAUCAUCCCUGAAGACCGGCUGCUUGGCAGCACCGAGUUUUUCCUUUCUUUCCSUUUCUUCUCCCUCCUCUUCUUUGCCCUCCUGUCCGUGGCUUGGUCCGCCGUUCUUCCAUCCCCUGGCACGGAGGAGGCCGGGGCUCCCGCGCUGGCCCUGGCCCRCACCUUUUGGCAACCCUGACUCCCAGCUUCCGCGGUGGCAGAAGAAAGAAGUUGCAGGUUUCUGCUUUGAUAGAAACGGAGGAGUAAAAACAACYCAGGAGCUGGUACCAAACAAGGGAAAAACAAAACAAAACAAAAAGUGAGCACAACAGAGCCUUGCCCGUGUGGCAUGGUGCUGCUGAGGACAGACAUUCCUAGGACACGCGUGUCAGGACCAAGGGUGUUUCUUUCACCUUUAAACGUUGCUGCUCUUUUGGGAUCACACGGACUCCUUUGCUGUUGGCAGAUGGCUUUUUCCAUGUCUCCAUGCCACAGCUGUUGUGCUUGUUCUUCCAAGGAAAUAUGUGUUUAGCCUUUCCUUUUUGCUAAGUGGCUGUAAUYGCAACAUGCUUAAGAGCCGAGUAGUGAGCAGGGUUUUUAUUUGGCUCUUCAGUCAGAGUUGAGCUAAUUGCACACAUUUGGAAAUAAAAUUUAGGGKUUUUUUUUUUCCUCUUCAUUUCAAACAUGUAUUUAAUGGAAAAUAUUAGCCCUUUUACCUUUUCUGGAYGCAUUUCUUUCUGAACAUUCCCAUUCCUGUUUGUGCUUUAGGAAGCUCCUGUCCUUCUUCACAUACACUCUUGCUUGAGACUGAAGUGAUUUUUUUGUAGGCGAAUUGUGAACUUGGGCAUUCACAGCAGAGCGGGGCACUGCUUUCUACCUGAUCUCCCCUCUCCACAAAUGUCCAGGCCAGUUGUCUUCCAUUCUCCCUGCACGUGUGCAGAUGGCGACAGGCUUCCUUGGGAGUAGGAAAGGGCCUUUUAUUUUUUCCCUUUUAUUUAUUUAUUUUUUUUUAAACGCCCCUGCAUCAGCCUUUUAUUUCCUUAUGACAGGUUUUCCUGUUCCUAGUGGUUAGGCUGUUUCCUUGUAGCUGAAAGCAGGCGCUGGAGCGCAGUUCUUGAUGCCUGGAGAGCCCAUCGUGCUGCCGUGUGCUGGAGCGCAGCGGCCGGGAGGCGGCYGCGGAUCGGAGCCCCUCGAGCUCCACACGGAGCCGGACAGGGCCCUGCUGCCGGCUCCUCAGUGUCCAGCUGGGGCCGUGGCCCUCACCCCCUCGUCCAUCUGUGCGGGCACUACCCGGUGCUGCAGCUUUAGCUGCUGGAGCUCAAGGCGCCUCGGGAGGCCGCUCGCUAGCACGGGCUGCUGCAGCAUCGUCGAAGCCGCUCAGCAUGCGCCGCGUUAGAGCUGCAAAGCGGAUAGUAGCUUGUGCUCAUAGUGAGAUUCUUCUGCCGUAGCGCGGUUAUC